UCCCGCCCCGCCCCCCGCGGCACCGGAGGGGAACGGGAGAGGGACCGGGGGAGAGAACGGGAGCGGGAAGGAGGACAGCCCAAGAGUGCCCACAAUCCCCAAGAGAAGGAGACUAUGGCCUCCUCCAAGCCACUCUCCCGCUUCUGGGAAUGGGGCAGGAAUAUAGUCUGCGUUGGACGCAACUAUGCGGAGCACGCCAAGGAGAUGGGGAGUGCACUGCCCCAGGAGCCCCUCUUCUUCCUGAAGCCCUCCUCGGCAUAUGUGCGCGAAGGGUCACCCAUCCUGCGUCCCUAUUACUGCGCCAACCUGCACCAUGAAGUGGAGCUGGGGGUGAUCAUUGGGAAGAGGGCCCAGGCUGUCUCCCAGGCCACUGCCAUGGAGCAUGUGGCAGGGUACGCACUGUGCUUGGACAUGACGGCCAGGGACACACAGGAGGAGUGCAAAAAGAAGGGUCUGCCCUGGACCUUGGCCAAGGGAUUCGGCUCAUCUUGUCCCAUCAGUGAGUUUGUGCCCAAGGAGAAGAUCCCGGACCCUCACAAGCUGAAGAUCUGGCUCAAGGUGAAUGGGAAGCUGAGGCAGGAGGGGGAGACCUCCUCUAUGAUCUUCUCCAUCCCUUACCUGAUCAGCUACAUCAGCGAGAUAUUCCCCUUGGAAGAAGGGGACCUGAUUCUGACGGGGUCUCCUAAAGGAGUUGGAUCUGUGCAGGCCAACGAUGAGAUAGAGGCUGGGAUAAGUGACAUUAUCUCCAUGCGGUUUAAAGUGGCGCAGCAAACGCGUAGAUCUUAAGCGAGAGCUGGGCUGGAAUCCUGUCUGCAUAGGAAGAGACUGGUUUUUAAUUAUCUGGUGAAUGAGGAGGCACACAAGCUGUCCUGUACGUUAAAGCACAGCCCAAGUGUCUAAAGAACUGUCAUGCAUCAAGGACACCUAACCUAUGAGCUUGAAAAGCACUGGACUACAACAGUCCUGUUCCACUGGACGCAUCCACCUACUCUGAGGCUCUGAACCUGGACUCUGACCCACCUUGGGACAGACAGUUAACACCCAAACCUACCUUGGAACCGUCCGUGGAGACCACAUGCUGGGGUAGCCGUUGCUGUGUGCUCUUCAGUUCUACUGGCACUUUGAGAGCUUUGCCUUAAAAUAAAAGUUAAACUAUUGAAAUGGUGAUGCAGGAGUGUUCUGGUCUGGUUUGAGCUAAAGUAGAAUCAGUUUUCUGAAUUCAGCUAAGUCUUGUCUAAGUAACUCAGCUGCAUGUUUUUCAGACAGUGUUUCUCUCUGGCAGUGAUAACACAGGGCAUUGGUACACAGAAAGGUCAUUGCUUAUACUUAUUCCUAUAGAAAUCCAGGCCAUCCUGGAGCUGGUGGAGCCAUUAAGUCAGAAGGAUGAAGAAGCGUGGCACCUACAGGGAGGAACCCAAACUGACCUACAGAGGAUUCUAUCUCAUAUUUAUGAUACUUAGUAUAAAUCUGAGGGAUCAUGAGGGUCAUGCUCUCUUCUUCAAUGGUUGAUGUCCAGUGAGGACAUGUUUGCCCAUGACCUGGGUCCGUGUGCUCCUGAGUGUAGUUUCUGAGUCCAGCUCCCUCCUGCCAAUGCCCCUUCCCCAAUGCCUGCUCUGCAGCAUCUGUGAUAACGUAGUCAUUGAAGGGUGGGGAGGCACAAUUUCUUAUAUCUAUAUCUAUUUUAUUAUUUUCUUAGGGUUUUUUUUUUCAUUAUUAUUUCAUUAAAGCUGUAUAGUUCUAAUUUCCAACCCACAAGUCUUUUUUCCUCUUAAUUUCCCUUU